CAUUUUCAACAGCAGCCAUUGCCUCGCUUUCUCUUCUUCUCCUUUUCAGUUUAGUUUUAUCGCUGUGAGUGGGAGAGGUAGAGGGCAGGUCAGUGUUCCACACCUCCUGUACCGCGCUGGGUCCCGCUGCUCUCUGGAGGCACACCCUUACUUGGAUUAUUUUUCUUUCAUUGCAGUUGUCUCGGUUUCCCCCUGUGUUUUUAAGUCAUUCAGAUCUGUCACUUGUUCCACUGUUAACAUGGAGUCCGACACAUAAGCCCUGUGUCUUUGAGGCAGGUGUAGAUGCUCCAGACACAGCAGGCCCCAGGAAGAGGCUGCCUCCAUCCAUCUGUGCGGCUCUUCUCUGAUUCCUGGGUCUCUCAGUCUCACUUUGCACCACACCUUAACAGGGACCACAGAGAAAAUAAACAGGAGUGAGGAGGCCACUGGAUAUUCUCAAGAAGGGAAGCCAUUUUGUUUUGACCCUCAGUAUCACUGACCUUUCAACCUUUGGUUCAAUCUGGUGGUUUCCUUGUGAUUGGACACUCCCUAGAGGGGUAGGAAAUCACCCUCCCCGUCUGUCCGUCUGCGUCCUACCUUCGGACCUCCAUCACUAUGGCGACAUCGGUGCAGCCCAACGAGUUGGUGUUUGAGUUCGCUAGCAAUGGGAUGGAUGAGAUAAACCAGCUGGAUGAUCCGUCCGUGUUCCCAGCAGUCAUCGUGGAACAGGUGCCCGCUGCUGACCUCAUGCAGGUCUACUCGGGCAUGGAGUCGGACGAGGUGACCAACGGCAUUAUGGUGGACAACACUGUACAUGUGAUGGAGGAGCCCAUUAUGGUCGGAGACGUGGGCCUCUCAGUAGAAAGGACGGUAUCGGGUACAGAGGAUAACAUGGAGACCAAUGAGGCUGCGGCAGCCCUUCUUAACAUGGAGUCACCAAACAACAUUCUGGAUGAGAAACGCAUGAUUCAUACGUACGGGACCAUGUUGGAGUCUGACUACACCUACAUCCACCUGCGGCCGGAGCCCAACGGCUGCAUGGAUGUAUCGCUGGACGAUGAAACAUCCUCCAUGGACGAAAUCCCUCAGAAGAGCGUGUCCAAACCACAGAGGAAAACCAAAAUGCGCAAGCCUCGGCCGGUGCGCCCCUGCUCCCCCAUUACCACUCCCAACCUACCACUCAAGAAGAAGAACAAGGAGGGCAAAGGGAACACCAUCUACCUAUGGGAGUUCCUCCUGGCCCUGUUGCAGGACAAGAACACCUGUCCCAAGUACAUCAAGUGGACACAGAGGGAGAAGGGCAUCUUUAAGCUGGUGGACUCCAAGGCCGUGUCCAAACUGUGGGGAAAACACAAGAACAAACCUGACAUGAACUAUGAAACCAUGGGCAGGGCACUCAGGUAUUACUACCAGCGUGGUAUCCUGGCUAAGGUGGAGGGUCAGCGGCUGGUCUACCAGUUUAAAGACAUGCCCCCCGACCUAGUGGUGAUUGACGACGAGGACCCAUGCCCCGACCUCACCUCUGGCUACGGGGGCCAGCGCCCCAGCCACCACGGCCGGGGAGGCUCCAGAGGGGGGCAGGGUAAAAUCCAUGCCCAUGGGCACCGUCCUAUAUCGGUAAAACAAGUGAAGAGAGAGCCCAUUGAUAUGGAUGGAGGGCUGUACCAUGAGGUCAAUGGUAAACAGGCAGAACACAUGAUCCAGACGGUCCACGUGCUGCAGCCCAACCAGAGGGCGGCUGUGCCGGCCUCCACACACACUUUGAGGACCAUCAACAUGCCUAACUCCGUCCCCAUGGUCCUGACGUCUUCUGGCCAGCUGCAGCCCCUCCUGUCCAACGGUGACUCGUCCAGCCACUCCUCCCAGCCCAGGGUCAUCCUCCACACCGUCCCUUCUACCACGGCGGGGGGCAAGGAUGUCCUCACCAUCCAGACGGCCUCCCUGGCCACCGGGAUGGGCAGCCUCCAGGAUCACCAUCAGCACCCCCAGUUCCUUGUCACCAGCCUGGGCUCCACUACCACCACAGGGGUCCUCAGCUCCACCACUGCCUCCCUCAACGGCCUUCCCCGCAUGGUCACUCUCAACACGGCCACCGGUCAGACCAUGGUGGCCCAGCAGCCGGGGACCGUCAUUGCUACGGUCCUCAAGUCCUCCAGCGGUGGCGAGCUCCUCCAUGGCCUGCACGGCAUCAAGGAGGAGAUGCUGGACCCCUACUACCUGCAGUCAUUGGUUAAUGGAGACCCGUCGUUUGCCAAGGAGGAGAUGGAGGCAGGGGAAGCAGAGCUCACCUACAGGACUGUGAUCAUCGGGAAGAACCAAAGCCUUGGACCGAACCAGGUGGAGACUGGAAGCGAGUCUCCAGUGAACGGAUACUUUUCCCAGGGAAGCAGCCCCAGUGAGGGCCUGACCCCCGUGGAGGAGCUAGAGGUGCGCGGGGAGAUGGCCCUGCAACCGGAGCACAUGGUGGGGGUCAAGGGGCUCCAGGAGCUGCCAGAGAUCACUGUCCACCUUCCAGCCUCCUUCAUCCAGAUCAAGGCAGAACCCACAGAGGUCUAGUAGACCACAAGCUUACCUUUAUUGUCAUGAGUCUUGUCCUGGAGGCAGAACAGAGUGAUUUCCACUAGAUGGUCCAGCUGAAAAGUCAAAAUUGUCUCUAUCGUAAAAAUUAAGGAAGACAAAAAUGAGCUUUUUGAUCUUAAUUUAGGGUUAGGCAUUAGGAUUAGCAGUGUAGUUAAGAUUAGGUUUUUUAUUUUACCUUUAUUUGAACAGGGAGUCACCAUUGAGACCAGGGUUUCUUUCACAAGGGAGCCAUGCACAUACUAUUCAUAAGACAAAAUCGAAUUGAAAUCAGAUGCAAUGUAAAACAAACUAAAAUACAGCACAACACAAAUAUUCUUACAUUCCUUAGUAAGAAGUUCCCCAAUUAGUAUUUGCAAUUGCCCGAGCGGCAGUACAACAUCCAAUUGUAAUGUAUUGUAAAAUUGGUUCCAGCAAUGAGGUGUAUUAAAACUAAAAGAGGAUUUACUUAGUUCUGUGGAGACCACAAGGAACCUCAAGAGUUUGGUGUCUCCUGAUUUUAUACUUUAUAUCAUGUUUGAUACUUUAACAACGAAGUGAGGCAAGUUGGAAGCUUAUGUAGUAGAGCUUUGUAAACAACAAGGGAGUAAUGAAGUGAUAUAUGGGACGUUAAUGAGGACCAGCCAACCUUUUGAUACAGGAUGCAGUGAUGAGUAAUAAAACGGUCAUCUAUGGAGAAAAAGCCCGAAUGGCACUAUGGUAGACGGCAUUCGCAGGUUUAAGAAUAGUGGCUGCGGCAAUCUGGUAAAUGGUGUCACCAUAGUCAAGAACUGGUAGGACAGUUGACGGUACAAUCUGCUUCCUGCUAUUUAGGGAUAGGCAAGAUCGAGUUAGAAAAAGAAGCCCACUUUAUCUCAUUUAUCUCAACAUCUCAUUCGUAUGUUUUUGUCAAUCCAAAUGUCCAGAUAUUUAUUGGCGGGAUUCCGAUCGAUGGUACCAUCCAAUGGAUAACUGUAGUCCAUCAGGUUAAGGUUAGGUUUAAAAUCAGAUUUUACGACUUUGUGGCUGUUCCAGCUAGUGCCCACUCUGAAAAGCUGCGUCAAGGGCGAGAUUCAUGACAAUAAAUGCCAACCUGCUAAUAGGCCUGGACUCUCCAUCAAAGUUGGACUAUGACAUCAACAUAAAGACUACCCAAAGGGCAAUUCCACCACUUUUCAACCUCAUUUUCAUUGUCUCCAGUAAAAUACCAUUGUCUACAUAUGUGAAAAUGGCGCAUUUGUACGUUUUGUCGAAACAUAUAUAAAGUUAAAAAGUUCUACCCAACAUCAUCAAAAGUUAACACAUUUAGGACCUUUAUUCUUAUCUUUUUAACCACAGAUCAUAGAAACACGCUGUUUUCACAUAUGUAGACACUGGUAUUUUACUGGAGACAAUGAAAAUGAGGUUGAAAAGUGGUGGAAUUGCUUUUUAACAAAGUUUCCUUGUUCUUGUUCCCGUUGAUAAUCUUAUUUUGAGAAGCGAUGGAUUUUUAAAUGUGGAGCGGCAAACAGAGACCAAACGUUGGCCCCUGCAGGAUGUUUUUGCUUUACUCACUGAUGUUGUGAUCCCGUGCCCAAAUUUCAACAUCAAGGGAUUGUUUUGUGAUGUGUUGUUGAAGGCUCCAUAGUUCGAAAGGCCCUCACUCGGAUCAAUCUACCUACCUACCUUGCUACUGUCAGUAGACCCGCCCCCUUCCCGAACCUGUCCCCACCAGGAGAACAGCCAUUGGAUAACCAGGGAUCUACCCCACCACAUGUGCCAGUUAGAUUAGUAAAUGUUCUACCUACCAGUACAUCUCAUCAGACUUGUGUCAAUGCUAACAGACAAAAACAGCAAACCAAAACCAGGAGAUGGGAACUCACGUGGGAGAAUGCAAUGAAAUCAGACUUGAUGAGCAGAAUGACGGAAACGCACCUUACUGACCUUUAAUGGAAGAGUGCCUUAUACGUAAAGGUAAAACAGUUCAAACUCUUGACUGAAAAAGUCUGAGGGGGAAAAAAAUGACGGUUCAGAUUGUUUUGACUCAAACGUUUGUGACUUAUCCGGAGUUUCCUCCAUAUCCCCCCAUAUUAUAAGUUGUCGAUAAGGUGUGCUUUCCCCUCCAUUACUCAUCGCCUUACAGCAAUGUGUUACUAUGGAAAUGGGCAUUUCCUGUCCCCUUGGACAGUCCAAUCACAAACCUGUUUGUAUAUAGCUGCAGACUUGAUGCAGGGAGAGAGAGAGAGAGAGCGAGAGAAAAUACGGAGGAAAAAUAAAAUAGAUUUUACUAGCCUCCUAUCUUCCCAUUAAGGCCUUUAAUCCUGUUUAUAUGAAAUGGAAUAUAUAUAAAUAUAUAUAAAGUAAUAAUAUACUAUUGAGAAUCAAUUUAAGGCCACAAAUGUAUUUAUUUUGUGAAUUUCUAAAUUCUGUAUAAAAAGGCACAUUUGUUUGUUAUUUACAUAUGGAAAACACGAGGGAUAAUAUACAAAGUAUAUGAAAUCAAAUAACAGGAAGCUCAUAUGUCGGUGAAUUUUUUUCUCCAAAAAGCUGAUAUGUUUUUUUAAGCAUUCCUUAUAAUCAGCGCAGCAUUGAUGAUGAUACUUCCUCUGUUUUGGACUCAAAGUGGUUUGCCCCGACGCAAAUGAUGGUCUCUAUAAACAUCUCUGUCCUGUGUCAUUUAAACAUUGUGUUGUAUGUGCUUUGGUUCUUCUUCCCUUUGUACAGCAGACACACCUCUAGCCUCAUUCAACAGUCAAGCAGUAGAGAUCAGUUGGAUAGAUUCACACACCCCUAUCCAGUUCAUUUGGUCAUUUGGUCUCAAUCAGGUCCUCUGUGACCUCUCCUAACCCAGUUAUUUUGUGACGCAAAUUGUGACUCAACACUGGUGUUUUCCUCCCUACUUCUAUGCAUUUACAAUUCUGGUGCUCCGCUCCUAGCUCUUGGUCUUUGGUCAGACUGGUGUCUGUGCUCUUUUUAUUGGGUGUCCCAGUUUUGUUAGGGACCUGAGACGUCAGGGUCUCUGAAUGGCCAUGAUAGCCUGCAGAUGCUAGUGUAAGUAAACCAAUAUUUAUCUUGAGCGCUACCAUGGCUAAAUUACUUGUAUUUUUUUCACUUGAGCUGGAGUGAACAACAGACCAUCUGAACUCUAGCUCAGCAUCUGAGGACAAGCUUUAAUGCUAAUUUCAGGCGAAAUGGAGAGUCUGUGACGUGACUUCCGCUUUUGACAUUAACACGGUGACACUCCAUCUUAACUCCUCCACAUUUACGGAUUUGUUUCAACAGUGCAGAAGAGAACCUCCCAUCAUUUUUUCCCUUCUCAACAGGUCCAGAAAGAAACGUCGCUCAGGCAUUUAUUUGACGCCUGCUUCAUUAGGUUAUGCUACUUUAGGUUAUGCUACUUUUUAGAACUUGUGCCCAGGCAUCAGUCUUAUGUCAACCAAAGGGCUCUCUGUGUUGACAAUCUGAAUGUUGUACAGUACAAAGUUAUGAAAAGUUGUGACAAUCAAUGCUCUCUAGGGUUACAAAAAGUACCAAAACAGUCUUUGGUGUUGAUAAUUGACUGCAAUGAACUCUGUGGGUGGGGUUGACUGGAUUUUCCUGCUUACAGACGCUUAUGUUGUAUAUACAGGUAUUUUCCUUUUUAAGCACUGUUGUAUGUGAGAUGUUGGCGUCUGUCCGCGCUGUCUGUCCGAUCAUUACGUUUUCCUUUGUCUUGGGUUUUCUGUGGUUUCCUCCUAUGCUGAAACUAGAUUAGAUUUUUUUUAAGAAAUAAUAUUUAGGCCCAGUGCAGUCAAAGCGUUAUUUUCCUGUGUUUUAUAUAUAUUUCCACACUAUGUGGUUGGAAUAAUACUGUGAAAUUUUGAAAAUGAUGAUAAUGCCAUUUUAGUGUAAGAGGUGUUUGAAAAGACCACCUGAAAUUUCUGCCUGUUUUGGUGGGAUAGAGUUUCGGCCUGCCUGAUAACAUCACCAGACAGUAAAUUAGUUAAUAGACCAAUAAGCAAGAGUUCCAAUCCUCUCUGCCAAUAACAGCUAGUUUUCAGUUUUCCCCUCCCCACCCAGGACACUCCCAGACAGUCCUAUCAACAUUCUUGCUUGAGAAAUUGCUCUUUGCUAAGAAUCUAUUUUUGUUUCUUUUUGACCAUUGUAAUUGAAAACAAUCCCAGUAAGGUACUUAAAUGUUACCCAGAAAUGAUUUGAUGUUGAGAUGAAAACGGCUGCAAUGGACCUUUAUAAUAAUAAAACACAUUUUGCUUAUA